ACCGCGGGGCGUGUCGCCCCUCUUCUCUUGCAGAGCUGUUGCGCAGCCAUUGGUACCUGUAUUGGGGAAACAUAGCGUACAAGCAAGGAGCUUACAGCCUCAGCGGCGAAAAUUUUUUCAUGUCAGAGACCGAGAACUCUUGCAGUCGUUUAUGUCAUCCCUUCUUCUCCAGACAGAAGAUACCAAAAAGUUGCAAUCAAAGAUCUCUUCAUCUUAUUGAUAAAGCCACUAAUAAGCCAAAAUGUCUGUCAACGUCAACCGCAGCGUGUCAGACCAGUUCUAUCGCUACAAGAUGCCCCGUCUGAUUGCCAAGGUUGAGGGCAAAGGAAAUGGAAUCAAGACAGUUAUAGUCAACAUGGUUGACGUUGCAAAGGCGCUUAAUCGGCCUCCAACGUAUCCCACCAAAUAUUUUGGUUGUGAGCUGGGAGCACAGACCCAGUUUGAUGUUAAGAAUGACCGUUACAUUGUCAAUGGAUCUCAUGAGGCGAAUAAGCUGCAAGACAUGUUGGAUGGAUUCAUUAAAAAAUUUGUUCUCUGUCCUGAGUGUGAGAAUCCUGAAACGGAACUGCAUGUCAAUCCAAAGAAGCAAACAAUAGGUAAUUCUUGUAAAGCCUGUGGCUACCGAGGCAUGCUUGACACACAUCAUAAACUCUGCACAUUUAUUCUCAAAAACCCACCUGAGAAUAGUGACAGUGGUACAGGAAAGAAAGAAAAGGAAAAGAAAAAUAGAAAGGGCAAAGACAAGGAAAAUGGUUCUGUAUCCAGCAGUGAGACACCACCACCACCACCACCAAAUGAAAUCAGUCCUCCUCCACAUGCUGUGGAAGAAGAGGAGGAUGAUGAUUGGGGAGAGGAUACAACUGAGGAAGCUCAGAGGCGUAGAAUGGAUGAAAUUAGUGACCACGCAAAAGUUCUGACACUCAGUGAUGAUUUGGAAAGAACUGUAGAAGAGCGUGUCAAUAUCCUGUUUGAUUUUGUUAAGAAAAAGAAAGAAGAGGGUAUCAUUGACUCAUCAGACAAAGAAAUUGUCGCAGAAGCAGAAAGGCUGGAUGUAAAAGCCAUGGGCCCUCUUGUUCUAACUGAAGUUCUUUUUAAUGAGAAAAUUAGAGAACAGAUUAAGAAAUACAGGCGCCAUUUCUUAAGAUUUUGUCACAAUAACAAAAAAGCUCAACGAUACCUUCUUCAUGGUUUGGAGUGUGUGGUGGCAAUGCAUCAAGCUCAGCUCCUCUCUAAGAUUCCACAUAUCUUGAAGGAAAUGUAUGACGCAGAUCUUUUAGAAGAGGAGGUCAUCAUCAGCUGGUCGGAAAAGGCCUCUAAGAAAUAUGUAUCAAAAGAACUUGCCAAAGAGAUUCGUGUCAAAGCAGAACCAUUUAUAAAGUGGUUGAAGGAAGCAGAGGAAGAAUCUUCUGGUGGUGAAGAAGAAGAUGAAGAUGAGAACAUUGAGGUGGUGUACUCAAAGACUGCCAGUGUACCGAAAGUUGAAACUGUGAAGUCUGACAACAAGGAUGAUGACAUUGAUAUUGACGCCAUUUAAAAGAAUGGAUGCAACCUAGCUUAACAGUGUAAUGCUGCAAAUUUUUCUCCAUAAUCAGCCAGAAGUGCAACAUGUAUGUGUAAAAGCUAAAAUGGCUUAACAUCAUGCUACACUUUAAUACUAAAAAUCUAUUACUGUGAGUGGUCUGUAAUUAGCCCAAUGAGACAUCUAGGAAGUCCAUACACACAUCAGUGAGCAGAUGUAGUUUGCUUAUUUAUAGCAUGUUUCUUUUGGAAAAACUAGUGGUGGACACAUUUGGAUCACAUUUAUACAGUUAUAAAAAUAAAGAUUUGAUUUUGGUCAUUCUGAUUUUGGGCUCUGAAUGACUUAGCUAAAGUAAUUGGCUCCUUUUAAAAAGUGAUGCCAUCAUUUAACCUGACAUGGUCCUUGGAGCCUGGUAGAUUUUGUUAGGUGCUGAGACCAUUCAAGGGUUUUCAGCAGAAUGUAAACAAACUUGUUUGUAAUGAUCUUACUGAGCUGUUAAAUCUAGUACUUUUCAAUUUUUUUAGUCCCUCAAAUUGGCAUCUGGUAAUUUUUUUGUGCUGAGGUAGACUGAUAAUCAAAUGACAGUGCAACAUCUUGUUGAGAAAUAAAAAUAACCUGAGUGUCCUAUAAACAAUUUUAAGAACUAGUUUUGAAGUUGUGAUUUUUCAGUUCAUGUACACUAGCCCCAAAUUUUAGUCUUUGGAGUCAUGUGCAUUGCACGUUGGAUGAGCCAGGGAAAAAUUAUUACAUUAACAAAUAAGUAUUUUAAUGUGUAUGUAGUGGUUGCUUUGUACCAAGAGAAAACUCAAACUUUGAGGUGUGAUUAAAUAAUAAAUUCUGAUUUUAUUUGGGGGAAACAGGGAAAGGUGCAUUUAAUCUCUAGCAAGAACUGAGCAGUUUUUCAGCUUUUACCCUUAAGGUUUAAAUUAUAAUUUCAAAAUGUUGAGACAUUUUAUCUUGUGUUUAGUAUGUCGUGCGCCCCCCCCCACCCCCCCAAAAAAAAUAUCGUGGUUUAUUCAAUGCCUUUUACAUUUGGACACGUAGCUUAUGCAGUUUUAGAUUUUGGUUAUUGCCUUGCCAAAAUAAGUGUUGCUAUAUUUCAAACUGGAUUUUUUUUUUCCCCAAAAAAGUCUUAUUUAAAAAAGAAACUAAGUUAAAGGCAUAUUUCUAAGUCAGAGCCUAUAUUUUGGUGUAAGACUUGGGAGGGAUAUUUUUUACUUCACAUUGAAUAUAGCUGGGCUCCCAAGAAAUUUGGAUGAUGGCCAUUGGGUGUAGGUGAUGAGUCUGACAGCCCAUCCAGGGCCUUGGAUUUGGACUGACACAGGUGAAUUUCUUAUGCAGUUAGCUGAUGAAAACUUUUGAUUGGGGUUCUGACUUUGCGUUUAUAAAAACUUUGCAUUUAUUCCUUUCCACAAAAAGUGCAUUCCAGGCAUUGCAAAGUCCAUAUGAUUAAUUUUGUGUGGAGCACUGGCUCACAUUAUUCAGCUCUUGUUUGUGACCCAUCUCACAGAUUAUGAGACUUUAAUGACAUGUAUAUAAAAGUUUUUCACAUUGAAAGUAUACAAAUAUUUGAAAAUAAAACCUUGUUAGCUUGACAAUUUUCAGAAAUAAAAACCUAACAAUCUUAACAUGGACAGAACAUAGAUCUCCCUCUGCCUUUUGAUAGAUUCUAGUGAGUGAAGAGCAGGAGCUAUAUACCUGAAGGGAACAUGCUGUGUCACACCAAAGGGGACUUUUGCAAACUCCUGUAACCUAGGUCAGAUUCUUUGGGCAAGGCCCAUUUGCCAUCAUUAACUAGAUUCUAUCAGAGGUGCUGGUGACCCAUGUAGAGUGUACUUACUACACGUGUCAAGCUGAUGAAGUGGUUGUUGUAGAGCUGUGUGGCUUUUACUCUAAGGGAAAUGUGUCAGGGCUUCUCAACACUAAGGGAGAGGGUUAGGGCUUAGACCAGUGUUAAGUCUGGUGCCAAACUUUAGUGGAAUUCAAAUUCACAUGAUCUGGAUUUAAUUCACAGGUUAACCUAAUAGAGUAAUCCACUUUGCUCUAUUGAAUUGUCUUAAAAUUUCCUGUUUCAAACAGCUGCAUUACUUGAUUAAAACAAUGUUAAAAUUC